CUGCAGCUGUGGAAGGUUUCGUUUCAUUAUUCAAGUAGCAGGGUCACUGACACCUGUUUCUUGCAUAAUCUGUCUUGCGUUGGUGAUUGUUGCACUGUAGAAAACAACACGGACACUGAACCAGAACCAUGGCAACUGCUGAGCUCCAGCUUUCUGAGUUGAUUGAAGAAGAGUUUCUAAAGUGUAAGAUCUGCUUUGAGCUGUACAAGUCUCCCCGGAUCCUGCCUUGCCUGCACACCUACUGUGAGCAGUGUCUGGAGAAGCUGUUGGAGAAAGGGAAAGGCACAAUCUGCUGUCCUGAGUGCCGAACAGAGGCACACAUUCAGGGCCGUGUCAGUAACAUCAAAACCAACUUCUACAUAAAAGGUCUUCUGGACCUGUUUGAGUCCAAGAGGAACAAGGAGGCGGUCUGCUCUGUGUGCCAGUCCUGUUCAGACACACUUAUUCAGCUGCCCACUUUAGUUUGCUCAUUUGACACGGAAGAUGAAUACAAAAUAAACAUAACAGGCAUUGCCAACUUUGAAAAUGGUGAUAUUGUCAUUGCUGAUAAGGAUAACUCUGUUGUAAAGCAGUUUAGGCCAAAUGGGAAGACAGUAGGUAACACUUCUGUGUCAGAGGAAUGCUGCCCUUGCAGUGUCACUGUCUGUGGGGAUACUGUUUAUUUUUCUUCAAGAGCAAAGCUUUAUAAGAUCACAGUAGACAGCAAUAUAAUUCAAAUAAACAAUUUGCGUGGGUCACAGACCAGUUAUCCCAUUGCCUCAUACAAGGGCAAGUACAUAGCCGUGAGUGAAGGAACAUUAUGCACCUUGUCUCUAUAUGAUUCUAAAGGCUCCCUUGUGGAUAGAGUUAGGCCUCAUGGUUACUGUGGUGGGAAGUUCAUGUUUCUGGCAGUCAACAGCAGAGAAGAGUUUAUUGUUACAGACUGUGUCAAGAAAUGUAUCGUGGUUUUUACAAAGACGGGAGAGAUCAUCAAUGUGUGUGCGUCUACAGGUUCUGCUAAAUUUGUCCCAUUCAGUGUCUGUGUUGAUCAAAGGGACAAUAUAUAUGCAGUAGAAAGUGGCAGAAUCCUACAGCUUUCACCCAAUGGGGAGUUCCAGAGAGUGUUUGUGGACUUUAAAGAUGAAACAUUCAGGCCAAAGCUUAUAACUGCAGAUGUCUUUGGACACCUUAUUGUGACUGAUAAGGGGGGGUCUAUAAGGGUUUAUAAAAUUAAAACCUUUUCCAUCAAGAUGAUUGAAUAAACCAGGGGUGGCCAAACUUCUUGACCCUAUGAGCCGCAUACCAAAGCAUUAUUGUGCAGUACAGUAGUUGUUAGGCUAUCUCUUGAUGCAGCAAAAUAUACAAGAACAUUGCCUACACAGUUUCUGUGUAAUUUGUACUGUACUUGUAGAUCUACAGUGUAUUAAACUUCAAAUGUAA